CAGCCCAAAGUCUCCAGUGCAGAGACCACACUGGGAGACUACACUGGGAGACCACACUGGGAGACUACACUGGGAGACCACACUGGGAGACCACACGGAGGAGACCACACGGAGGAGACCAGCCGCCCGGCAGGAUCCAGAUGAGCAUUCUUUUGAGGCUCCCUCAUUCAAAACCGCCAUCUUGCAGGCUGCCAAGUCGCAGCCAGAGUUGAGGGUCGCUACAGAGGAACAAAGAACCCUUUAUCUCAGACUCCUGACUGCUUCGUACAAAAGUGCUCCAACAUGGCUGCCGCCGCCACCAUGGAGUUGGCGGACAUCGUCAUCGUGGUGAUCUACUUCAUCCUGGUGCUGGCCAUCGGUUUCUUCGCCAUGCGGAAAGCCAACGAGGGCACCGUGAAAGGCUACUUCCUCGCCGGCCGCUCCAUGAACUGGGCGGCCGUCGGAGCGUCUCUGUUCGUCAGCAACAUAGGAAGCGAGCAUUUCAUCGGACUGGCUGGAUCCGGUGCUGCUAGCGGCUUGAGCGUGGCAGCGUGGGAGAUAAAUGCUCUAUUGCUGCUCCAGCUGUUGGGCUGGGUGUUCAUCCCCGUGUAUAUUCGGUGUGGCGUCUACACCAUGCCGGAGUACCUGUCCAAACGGUUCGGAGGGAACCGGCUAAAAGUGUAUUUUGCGGCGUUGUCCCUCGUCCUGUACAUCUUCACCAAGUUGUCUGUAGACCUCUACGCCGGGGCCUUGUUCAUUCAGGAAUCCUUUGGGUGGAACCUCUAUCUCUCCAUCAUCUGCCUCAUCACCAUGACGGCUCUGCUGACGGUCACCGGAGGCCUGGUGGCGGUCAUCUACACGGACACGGUCCAGGCUUUCCUCAUGAUCGCCGGAGCGCUCUGCCUCACGGGCAUCAGCCUCUACAAAGUGGGAGGAUUUGAAGGGGUGAGGACCAAGUACAUGCAGGCUUCGCCGAACAUCUCCGCCAUCUUGCUGUCUUCACCCAACCUGACGUAUUCUGAAUCCUGCCACCUCCACCUCCUCCCGAAGCCGGAUGCUCUGAAGAUGCUCCGAGGCCCGACGGAUCCAGACCUGCCUUGGCCCGGAUUCCUGCUGGGUCAGACUCCUGCCUCUAUUUGGUACUGGUGCACAGAUCAAGUGAUUGUUCAGCGGGUUUUGGCAGCGAAGAACAUCGCCCAUGCCAAAGGUUCCACUAUCAUGGCUGGCUUUCUGAAAAUCCUCCCCAUGUUCAUCAUCGUCGUCCCAGGGAUGAUUUCCAGGAUCUUAUUUGCUGAUGAGUUGGCGUGCAUCAGCCCCGAGCACUGCCUGGAAGUGUGCGGCUCCGCGAGCGGCUGCACCAACGUGGCUUACCCGCGGCUCGUCAUGUCGGUGAUGCCCGUCGGCCUCCGCGGCCUGAUGAUGGCCGUCGUGAUCGCAGCUCUGAUGAGCGACCUGGACUCCAUCUUCAACUCCGCGAGCACCAUAUUCACGCUGGACAUUUACAAGAUGCUGCGAAAGCGGGCGUCGUCCAGGGAGCUGGUGAUGGUCGGCAGGUUGUUUGUGGUCUUCAUGGUGAUCGCCAGCAUCGCCUGGGUGCCCGUCGUCAUCGAGAUGCAGGGAGGCCAGAUGUUCUACUACAUCCAAGAAGUGACGGACUACCUGACUCCACCCAUAGCUGCGACCUUCUUGCUCGCCGUGCUGUGGCGUCGCUGCAACGAGACGGGGGCCUUUUGGGGCGGGUUGGUGGGGUUUGUCCUCGGAGCGGCGCGGCUGAUUUUGGCGUUGGUUUACCGCGAGCCUCGCUGCGACCAGCCUGACGAGCGGCCGUCGUUCAUCAAAAAUGUUCAUUUCAUGUACGUGGCAGCCGUCUUGUUUUGGGUUUCGGCUCUGGUGACCGUGGUUGUGAGCCUCUGCACCCCUCCGCCCAGAAAAGAACAAAUCAGGAACACCACGCUGUGGGGGUUGAACAAGAGGAAGAGAUUAAAACACGGCAAUCAGAAAAAUGCCCAAACGAGCGACAAUCACAACAUCGAAGCCGGUGACGUAGAAACACAUCUUCCAAUUGCCGACCUUAAAAUGGUAGACGAGGGAGAAGGGAGAGGAUUGAGGGUUGGGGAGGAGGAGGAGGAAGAGGAAGAGGAAGAGGAAGGCUGCCUUGGAGGAGGAGGAGGAGGAGGAGAAGGAGUGAAGGGUGGGAGGUGUAUGAAGGCUCUGGUGUGUCUCUGUGGCUUCCAGGAAAUGCCGUCCGAAGCUCAGGUCAUCUCAGUCCAGGAACAGGAGAAGAUUGUGGACGAGCUUCUCCGUGAACCUCCUCGAACCAGAAUCCUCCUGAACACGGCUCUGGUGGUGAUCUGCUCUGUCGGCAUAUUUUUCUUUGUCUAUUUCUCCUUAUAAGCGCACUUCCAAUUCCAAGCAGUGGGACGCGCUUGUCCAUAAACUCCAAGCAGGAAUGGCCUGUAGGUAAGCUAUCAUUCAGCAUCAUGAGAACAUUUAAAUGGCCUCCAGUUAUUCAGAAGCCGGAAACAGCGCUUGGUUUGAAGCAUACGAACGACUUUCUGGUGACACUUGCAGAUAACAUUGCAUUUUAAGUUCCACUGAAUUUAAUAAAGUAUUCCUCUUUUUACAGGGGACUAUCAGAAGCCACUUCAACAGUACACAGAGGUCCACGAAUCUCUGAGUUGAGUGCAAAUGUUUGGUGGCGGCACGGCACGUUUAUGGUGGUGGUAGUUGUCAGCAACCCAUGAGCAUAUGCGGACAUUCAAGCAAUAUGUGUACUCCACAUUAGUGGGGAAUAUAACAAAAGUGUGAACUAUUAUUUUGUACUUCACGGCAACAUCUGCCGUAUCUCUUUUAGACAAUGGUGCACAUGGACUCUGGACUGGAGCCACGUAACAACUUAUUGGAUGCAUUGCCAAGAUUCUCCACAGUAUUUUGUACCUUUCGUCAGCAAUUGGCAAUUUGCAUACAGGAAAAUUGUUCAUUUUAUACCUACUUAGCUAAACAUUAGCAUUGUGACCAUUAUGCCCCCAGUUUGUAAU